AUGCUGCGCGCGAGAUCGAUUCGCACGCAUCCUCCGAGCCAGUCUCAGCGGCUGAUAUGGAAUCAAGCCUCGGAUCUGAUAUCAUGGUUACGUCACGGCUUAAGCGCGAACUCGGACGCAAAAACAUCUAUUAGCUCUGAACAGCAGCAACCGAAGACAGAAAACACACCAGUGUCAGUCACUCGUUUGGCUGCGAAAGACAAGUUGAGACCGAAAGUGCCUACUGAUGUUACUAUCCCAACGUUCCGGCGAAGCUUAAAUUUAGCAAAUUGCAGGUCCGUAUAUCGUGCUUUUGGCCGCUUUGUGCUGGAUAGCAAACAUAGACUUACAUCCACGCACCUAAUGGAUGCCUGGCAAAUUAUCUCGCAGUGCCGCCCUUUCAUUGUUAGCAAGAAAGGGCCUUAUCAAGUGAGACUGGCAACAGCAGAAGACGUAGCCAAUAAACAUCUUCGAAUUCUGCAAAUUGUACCCGCCAACAUAUUUGCUCAGCUCUUGACCACCCAUUAUGAACGUGCAAUGUUUAUUGGCUCCUCCACAAUAGAUGAUCUUGAUACAGACAUAAUAGUGGCUAGCGAGACCGUUGUGGUUGGAUGCUUGGUAGAGGCUUUCAACUACAUGAAUGACCACAAGCAUGCAGUAUCAUUCUUUGAGGCGUAUGACCGAGAUCGGAGGCUAUGGCUGCAGGAGCAUCAAAUUCGCGAAGCGUCCUAUGAAAAUACAAAUAAUGACGAGAGUAGUGAUGGACAUGAUUUGAGUCUCAAGGACAAGCUAGGACAGUUUGAAACGGUCACAGAGUUAUCACGAGGAGUGUAUUCUUCCUACCUUCGAUCCUUGGCUGCUUUGAAGCUGUCUAAAAAAAUUGUGCAGUUCUAUGAAAAUGACGAGCACCAACUAAAAAGGAUUUGUGGUACUGUUUCCAAUCUUCACGUGCUCCUUCAUGCGUGCUACAACGAAAGGAAUGGAAAACUAGCGCGUAAAGCAAUAGACGCGAUAAUUCUCGGGUCUCCUGCCGCUGUCAUUCCAUUAGGAUGCUAUGAACUGGCAAUUCGAGCAAAUUUACGCCAUCGUAAUCGUGGAACACAAGAGUUGCUGGCUGCAUUAGACUUGGCGAAUGUACUGGCCUCCAAUGGUGGCUAUAAGCUAAAGCCCGAUAUUUGGAGUGCUCUGAUUAAAGUGAGCUUGAAUAUGGACCGCCCAGAUAUCGCUCUUGAAGUCUUCCAGAGCUACCCACACCACUGCAUACCGGAGACCCAAUACCAUUUUCGCCAGGCUCUACGUGCCGCCUGUCGGCUAAGAGAUACGACAGCACCCAAAAUGAUGCACUUCCGUUGGUUAACGCACAAAAAAGAGUACUCAAAUUCAGAGACACUUCUUUAUGAGCGGACUGUGUACCAGAAUACGAUUAACGUAAGCAAUCUUGAUGCUAAAGAAGUUUUGCAUAUGGAUUCUCUUUCGUUUAAUAGUCCUGCAUUUGAUAAGGAGGUCCAAGCUGAUUUGCUUAAUAUGAUGUUGUGGGAAAUGCUUAAACACAGUCACGCCAUGUCAUCGAUCGUGCAAGUGUUAGAUCUAAUGGAAGCCACCUGCUCAAAAGGUAGUACAGCAGCUCUACGGCAGAGUGUGGUAGCCUUGCUUCAGCAUAACGUAAGCCAGGAGGGAAUGUCGUCUCGAGCAGCUGUUGAGCACUCGCUAAGCUUUUGGGAAAAGCAUUCUUCAGUUCUACGUGGACAAGGUUUUCUCGUACUGUUACUGUUGGACGAAUGCUUAGAACAUAAGUGGGAUGACGAUUGCGAAUUCUUGGUGGACUUCUUGCUUGAUCGACACGUAGCUCAAUUACCGAUCGUCACAAUCGUCAAAAUUAUGGGCAUGAAUGAGGCCCGUGGGCGGUUUGAAGCCAAUGCUCGCAUUGGUGAAAAACUUUUGAGAAAACUUUCGAAAGCGAACCGUAGGAAGCUUCGUGACGAUUUUUAUGAGCGGCUCCUCAUGAGCUAUUUUCGACUGGAACAAUUCGACAAAGUGAGUAAUAUGUACGCUACAAAUGAUUUAGAGAAGCGCUACCCGCACAAUGAGAAACUACGAACAAUCGUACACGAUGCAGCUGCACAUUAG